UCUGAACCAACUCGAUAUUGGGUCAUGUCCCGACGACCUUUGAAAUGGCCAAUCAGAUAGCGUCUGGCAAAAUCCUACCAGGCAGUUCGGGAUUAUUAGAAAUUUAUGUUUGAUCGAUCGGGUCCGAGAGCAACCGAAGAGAACAGUAACAAUGGCGGCGCCCAUGUCUGAGAAGUUGACUCCAAGAAAAACAUACUUACUGGGAAAUAUUUGCGUUGUCUGUGGAUUUUCUUUCAUUCAGAAAGUAAAGGAAGCCAACGGAAUAGAAGUUGAACAUAAAUAUUUUGAUAGGAAGUUAAAACUAAGCGAGGAGCGGAGGAAAAAUAUUAACAAUGUUGUCGGAUUCGAGUGUAAAGGUGAGGGUGUAUGCCAGAAAUGUUAUCGUUCUGUUGAAAAGGUGUUAAAAACGGAAAAAGAGUCAACAGAUUUAAAAGGAAAAUUAAGACAAUCGACACAGACUGUAGAAAAUACUCUACUUGUGUCAGUUCCUUCCCCCAAACGUGUGUCAAUUUCAAAAAGAAUGCUACGUAGUCCAGCCAGUUUUCAGCCAAGUAAAAAGUCAGACAUUGUACCAAUAACCACCAUGCCAUUCAAUGACAUUACCAAUACACCAAAUGUUGUAAGGUCCUUACCACAGAUUUUACCAAAACCAACACAACAGAAAUUGACUGAACCAAGCAAAAAGCCUGCAAGACGAUCACUUGAUCAGUCAUUUUCACCCAGUUUCACAGGAGAAGUUGAGAUGUUAUUGUUGAUAUGUAGCAGAAGAAACCCGAAGUGAUAUAGAAAUUAUGAAGGUUACAAUUUCCUAUCCAAGUGGGAAAAGGACAGAGCUAAUUGUAAAUGAAAUCCACACAAAAAUUUGUAAAGCCAUAUUUAAAUCGGAAAAUGUUGAAAAGGCUAUCCUUGAUAUAUUAGUUAAUUCCAACCCAGACGAUGUUGUUACAGCUGCAGCUAAAGUU